AUGUCCCAUCCAAGAACAUGCCCCAGCAAUGCAAACAAACAUCCUGGAAAUGUUGUCCAGGAAGCAAACCAAGCACAGCACCGAUCCAAGGAAGAAGUCGCUGCUGAAAAGGCCCAGAAGCAAGCUGAGAAGGAUGCACAUGCUGCAGCAAUAAAUGAAUCACGUACAACAAUUGCUGCAGCCGAGGAUGCAAUGGCCAUCCAGCAGAAGACCAUGACAAAUGGUCCCCCCAAGCUCAUUCGGCCACGCAUCAUCACCAGCAAGAAGAGUACACCUCUUCUCAAUCAACUACAGCUCCUCAAGACAAUCAGACCAGUCAACUGCUCCAAUCUCUGGCAAGUCAUCAGUUCUGACCUAGAAGGGCCCAUUCCCGACUGGGUAGACAAAGUCGCAUCACAGACUCAACGGAAGCCAUGUGCGCCACCAAGUACCCAAGCCUCUGUGAGGAUUGCCCAAUGUCAACUUGCUGAUUCUGACCUGGAUCUUGAUGAUGAACCUGAAGAGUACAGUGAGCCUACACCGACAAUGCAGAGGGGAAAGAAAAUUGUGCAUGUGAAAGAGAAACCGAAACUCACAUUGAGAGGCAAGAAGCGCUCGUUCCAAAAUGCAGAGCAUUCUGCUGAAGAACUCGAUGCUGCCAACAAAUUUGAUGCUGCCAAAGAAUUUGAGAUGAUGCAGGAUCCAGAUGCUGCCGAGGACCCAGAUGCUGCCGAGGACCCAGACACUGCCGAGGACCCAAACACUGCUGAGGACCCAAACACUGCUGAAGCAUUCGAGGAUGAGGAGGCUGCUGAAGAUGAGAGCUAUGUAGUUUCGAUGAUGGAUGACAGUCGACGCACUGUUGGUGCUAAGGCUAGCGUGGCACAAUGCACAAGCUCUAUGUCAGUUAAUAUCUCCAGCCAGAAGACCAUGAGACAGCAUACUGAGGGCAAGGGCAAUACCAAGGUCGAGGCCUGGGUCAAGACUGAGGUCAAAGCCCCAAUAAACAUACGCUCAAAGAUCAAGAAAGGAAAGGCCAAGAAUUCAAACUUACCUUCCAGAUGCCUCGAAAAUGGAUUAUGGCACACGAAGUUUCUUCCAUGCCUGAUGUUCUGGAACAUAUUUAAUGCGGUAUAUGAUUCACGUAAACGAGCACCUUGUGAUUUUGACAUUGAUGGCUUUCCAUUUCAACUGGCAAGCCAACACAUUCAUGAGUGGUGGGCUGCAUUCAGUUCAACAGCUGUCAGUGUUCUGAUGGCAUUCUUUGCUUCAAUGCCAGAAUAUGAGACUCAGGAAGCUCAUGAGGAAUAUGCUGAGUAUAAGCUUCAAGACUGUUGCUUUGUGUACGACGAUCCCAAUAAUGACGAGCAGCCAGGCGCAUUUUUGUCCAAGUACCUCUUGCGCAUUUUUGCUGCCCACCUCACUAGUUGA